CUCUGCUUGUCAGUCAGACUUUGAACAGUGCACUGGCGCUCAUCACUGCUAAUCUCCGGCCGCUGCUUGUCAUCAACGACGCUGCCACUGACAGUUAUCACCGACCAGCUUUAACAAAUAUAGAUUAAGAUGAACAGUUGCUGAGAUAAGGCAGGAAACCCGAGGGCAACACCGUAGGGACCGAGCGGAGAUAAAACGUUAGCUAACGUUUCGACGUUUAACGUUACUCGGGAGUUGCGAUGGUCCAGUUAAGGGAUAUUUUUCUAGCCUUGCUUCUUGUGGGCUAUACAGUUUCACUGGAAGUGGAGAUCACACCAAGUCACGGUGAGAUUAGUCUUGGAGAGUCCAAAUUCUUCAUGUGUGAAGCCGAUGCCGCUGCCAGGCACAUAGACUGGUUUGGACCGAGUGGGGACAGGAUAGAACCGAACAGACCAGACAUAACAGUAACCCGUAACGAUGAUUCAUCUUCGACCCUCACACUGUAUAAAGCUGGGACUGAAAAUGCAGGGACAUACAAGUGUGUCGCUAGCAAUGGAGACCAGCAAGCGGAGUCAACCGUCAAAGUGAAAAUCUUCCAAAAAAUCACCUUUACAAACGCACCCUCACCCCAAGAGUUUACCGAAGGAGACAGUGCCAACAUUGUUUGUGACGUCAUCAGUUCGCCUCCUCCCACUGUCUUCUGGAAAUAUAAAGGAGCAAAAAUACAGUUGGAAAAAGAUGUUCGCUUUAAGGUACUGAGCAACAAUCACCUUCAGAUCCGUGGCAUAAAGAAGACCGACGAGGGCUCCUAUACCUGCGAGGGUCGCCUCAUGGCCCGCGGCGAGAUUGAUCUGCGGGUCAUCAAGGUCGUUGUGAACGUGCUCCCGACCAUCAGGGUAUGGCAGUCCGAGGUGAAUGCCACAGCAGAUGUCGGCCAGGCUGCCAUGUUGACUUGUGCUGUUGAUGGCUAUCCUGAACCCAUGGUGACAUGGACAAGGAAUGGAGUGGUUCUCGAGGCAGGAGAGAAGUACAGCUUUAAUGAUGAUGGCUCCGAAAUGACAUUAAUGGAUGUUGCCAAGCUGGAUGAGGGAGAGUACACGUGCAUUGCCAAAAACAAGGCUGGGGAAAGUGAGCAGGAACUCAGUCUGAGAGUGUUUGUCAAACCUAAGAUCACAUACAUCGAAAACCAGAGCACUUCAGAGAUGGAGGAUCAGGUCACUCUGACUUGCGAGGCAUUAGGAGAUCCGACUCCCACCAUCAGCUGGAGUUCUGGUGAGCGCGUCUUCACCGAAGGAGAGCAGGCACAUCUAAACAGGAUCUAUCAGGCAUCAUGGACUCGGCCCGAGCAACACAAGAGUCUGGAUGGAAGUGUAGUGGUGAGGAGUGAUGCUCGUGUGUCCUCCCUCACUCUGAAGUAUGUCAAGUAUACAGACGCGGGUCAGUACCUCUGCUCGGCACGCAGUGCCAUUGGAGAGGAUGAUCAGCCGGCAUAUCUGGAGGUCCGCUAUGCCCCUAAGAUCAGCGGUGCAGUGGCAGUGUACACCUGGGAGGGAAAUGCUGUUAAUAUCAGCUGCGAGGUCAAGGCUCAUCCCAGUGAUGUAUCUAUUGUGUGGCUGAGAGAUGGACUGCAGCUCCCCAACUCAAACACCACCAACAUUAAGAUCUUCAGAAGCCCGUCAGCCAUCUACCUGCAGAUAACCCCCGAGUCUGAAAAUGACUUUGGGAGCUACAACUGCACCGCUUCAAAUGAGAUGGGCACAGAGUCCAAGGAGUUCCUGCUCAUUCAGGCCGAGGUGCCAUCGUCUCCAUCCAUCAGCGAGGUGAGACCCUUCUCCACCACGGCACAGAUCCAGUUUGAGGAGCCAGAAUCCACCGGUGGUGUUUCUGUUCUCAAAUACCGAGCGGAGUGGAGGACUCAGGGCAGGGGCAGCUGGGUGCAACGGGUCUAUGAAGUCCAAGAUGGCUACACCAGCGAGGUGACUAUCACAGGCCUGAAGCCGGAGACCAGCUACGAACUGAAGAUGUCAGCCAUCAACGGCAAGGGGGAAGGUGAAAGCAGCCCUGCAGAGUUCUUCAAGACGCAGCCUGUCCGGAAUCCCAAUCCUCCUAAACUCGAAGGGGCACUUCAACCCAAAGGCAACUCCCUCAAAGUCAGCUGGAUCAAGCAGGACGACGGCGGCUCGCCCAUUUUACAUUAUCUUGUCCGCUAUAAACCAAUACAGGUGUCGGAGUGGAAACCAGAAAUCCGACUGCCCAGCGGCAGCGAGUACGUGGUUCUCAGCGGGUUAGAGUGGGACACUGAGUACAAUGUCUAUGUGGUGGCAGAGAACCAGAAGGGCAGGUCCCAGCCGGCCACCAUGUCCUUCAGGACCUCCACGGAGCCAGAGGCCAUCCAAGAUUUGGGUGAAGAGGCAGCGUUCUCCAUGGGCACCAUGCUCUGGACAGGGAUCCUUGUCGUAGUAUUUGUAUUCCUGCUGCUAGCUGUGGAUGUCACCUGUUUCUUUGUCAACAAAUGUGGCCUCAUCAUGUGCCUCUGCGGUAAAUCAGGCACAGGGACCAAAGGGCACAACUUGGAGGAGGGCAAGGCAGCCUUCAUGAAAGAUGAGUCCAAAGAGCCAAUAGUGGAAGUCAGAACAGAGGACGAGUGCACAGCCAAUCAUAACGCAGCAGGACCAACCGAACCCAAUGAAACCACGCCUCUCACAGAGCCAGAGCUGGCGGCUUACACUGCUGCUCUGGCACUGGACACCCUCUCCUCCGUAGCCACCAACUCUGACACAGCCACUGCAACCAUUGACCCCGCUCAGGACAGCCCCUCUAGCGAGACCACUACCCUCACUUGUAGCCUGUCUACCCCGGCCAACGACCCCUCACCCACCCCCGUCCUGGCCCCAGCCCCGACUCCAGAGUCAAACACUGCCCCGCCGACUCCCCUCUGCUUCACCUCAGCCGUCGAAGCUAAAAUGGCCCCGUUAGUAGAGCAGAGAGGAAGUAUCACCCCAGAAGAACAGGAGAAAAUAACCACUCCUCCUAGUACCCCUGAAUGGACCAAAGCUAAAAAAUCUGGGACACCCAUACCACCGAAGCGUAGACACUCUCCUAAACUUGCCGCGCUGAAUGCUAAAGGUAGCCCACCUGUAUCUCCACUGGCUGCGUCUUCCUCAUCGUCCUCUCCCAAUCUCGACGCCAAGAAACCUGCCCCGAGGCCACCGGUCAAUAAGCUCCCCAUACAGCCACACGUCGUAGACUCACACACCGAGACGCCAGCACAAACGGCCGCCACUCUAGCAACCGCUGCCCCUCCAAAACCAGACCCCGAUUCAAAGACCCCAGAUCCUAGUGGGUGUAGCCUUACUGCCUUUGACGCUAAUAAUAGACCGGCUGACAAAACUGUUGAUAAUAACACAGACAAAGAUGCUCCAACUAGUUCUCCUUCAGUGAUCCACGGUGCUCCUAAUGUCCCGGAAGCUGAAGAAUCUGCUCCUCUUGUUGCAGACGUCCCCUCGCCGUUGCCUGUUACCCCUAUCCCUUGUGCCCCCGCCACUGUUGAGGCGCCGGUUCCAAAUGAUCUCCUCACAUCGCCGUCAGACACAUACAACUUGCAAACCUGUGACGUGGGGCCCAAAAGUGCGGAUUUAGAGUUAGAGUUGACUAACGGGACAGAAAGACCCUCCUGGACCCCCGCUGACCUUAUUAGCUUAAAGAGCCCGCCCUCUGCCCCCUCUCUGCCCAAUGGAGACAGAGGAGACCUCCCCCCCUCAGGCCCAGUUCUGGAGGCGUCAGAGACUCUGGCCAAGACUGCUCCUCCUGUCAACGAUGAGAAGAUUUUCUCUGAUGAGAAAGGCAAACUGGAGGAGACCGACUUAUCAAACGUCUUGACGGAGAUCGCUGCAGAACACAACAGUGUCAUACAGACAAAAAACACCGAGAGCAAAGCAUGAUGGGCCGGGGAAACCCCAGCCCAAUCUAAAACAUUUUGCAGCAGCAAAGAGCUAGAAACACUGCAGGAGUUUUGUUUUCCAGUGCCCUUAACUACAUAUUCCAAACAACACACACACACACACACACACACACACACGUGUCGAUUGGUUAGAGCGCACUACGACUGUGCUUUUAGUUCUGGUUUCAUUCAUGAAAUGUUUACUACACCUGAGGAGUUAAUCUUGAGAUCAUAAGAGAUUUAUUUUAUUUUUUUAUUGUUAUUUUAUUUAACCAGUCAGGACGAUUAAGGACAAUCUCUUAUUAUAAUGGUCGCUUGGUAAAUAUGUUAAAAUUGGACUCUAAUUUCUGUUCUGUGCUUUUAGUUUGAAUUGCAACUACGCACAAGUAUUGGAUUAUUAUGAGAAAUGUAAAAAAAAAAGAACAAAAAAAAAACCUGACUAUAUAUAGAAAUUAUUUUUCUUAUUUUCAUGUUCAACUGUUUGCAUAUUUUUUUUAUUAUUAUUAUUAUUAUUAUUUGUGGGCUUGUCUCAUUAAAAUAGCUUGUUCUGCAUGUCUGACCUGCAAGUGGUUGUUAAGUUUUGUUUACUUUGUCUGUUACAGGGAUGUUCCAUCUCUCACAGAUACGCUGGCAUUGAUUAAACACAGGCCCACAGACUGCAAUGUUUGGAUCAUAACCAUAUUUGUUAUGGUUAUAAAAAAAUACAGGAUUAACCCACAGCCAGCUGCAGGGGGAAAGAGACUGAAAGAAUCCCACAACACAGCGACAGUGUGCACGAUCAGAUCAGAUUUGGCCCAUUUCGUGAUCAAAUGUAUUCCAGUACAUCACCGCCUUACCACAGCGUUGGUUAACAUAUUCGUUAAUCAAAUGGAUUUGAUUAAAAAAAAAAUAAUAAUAAAAAAGCCAACUCAUUGAACUCCACAGAAAGACACAAACUGCCAGCAGGAUUGAUUCUCAGCCAAGGGGUUGAAGAACCUUGUAUCUUAUGAGCUAAAUUUACGCCACAUAUUUGUUUGGAGGGAGGGCAACCACUACGGUAGCUACCGUUUCUUCCUCACAUUAAAGCAGAUCAAUGGUUGUGCUUUUCAAAUAAACAAAAAAAUUAUUAAAAACUCUAAAAAGCAUUUUUGUACUAUUUAAAAACUACAAAGACUUCUUUUCCAUUUCCUGCCUGCAAGCUUGUGCAAUGUGCCUGUGUGUCGAUAGAUUGUCUCGUCAUCAGUUUCUAUGAUAACCUGCAUAGCUGUGUCGUGAGAGAUUUAGCCUAUUGUUUUUUAUUUAAUAUAUUGUAUUAUUAGAAGAAAAGUACGAUAAAUGGACUAAUGUGGUCAUUAUAACACGUGUAGUGUAUGAAAUUGUCCGUCUCUGGUCACAGCACUAUAUAUUUGCCAGCUAUAGUGAAGGAAGGUGUUUUGAGCCUUGGCAUGAAUUCAGUCGGUACUUUAUAAUGUAUAAAUACAAGGCAGAUUGUUUGACAGAAAUAGUUCUCAUAUUGAUUUAAUGAGUGUUACCUUUGGGGCUUGUUCUGGCAUUCCUACACAUUGUUUUUAUUUCUUUUCCCCCCAGUUGUUAUUCAAGUGUUCUGUAAUGUGGUCUUUGAAUUUUCUUUUUCUUUAUUUUUAUUUUGUUUUAAGUUUUUGUCUUUUUGUACAAAAAUCACUCACCAAGAGCGACUGCUUGACACGUUCCGGGAUAAACAUUGGCAGGAAGCAGGGUGGUCCCUUAUAUACGGUCUAUGGGUGGUCUAUGGGUGGUCCCACCUGAACACGGAAGAGAGAUCAAACUUUAGAUGAAGAGAAGUAAACACAGACCUGAGGUAUAUAAGAGCAAAAAGACGAGCUUUACUCACCUUGUACUCCUCUGCUGUUAACAUGACCACCUUGCUCCCUCGCCACUUGGACGCUCUUUUUGGUUUUAUUGGGUCAAACUCAGAAAAUAUCUGUUGUGUACAGUCUGAGUGAUAACCCAUUUGCAAAAUAAAAAAAAUGGUUUCCGAA